AUGCCUCCUACUGCAGACACAACGCAAGAGCUUAAACAAGAGCGCAGUAAUACGCAGCGUGCAAUUCUGCCUAAAAAAUGUCUCUACUGCGAGAGGAGAUUCUCCAAAGCGGAGCAUCUAAAACGGCAUCAACGUUCUCACACUGGUGAAAGACCUUAUCGAUGCUCACGCUGUCAAAAGUGCUUCUCAAGAAGCGAUGUUUUAAUUCGACAUCUGAAAAACCAUCCCCAGAUUCCUGGUGAAGUGGGAGAGCAGAGUUCGUCGGAUGGCGAGCACGGCCCAGUCAAUGUCAAGAGGAGAGCCAGCGCUAGCAGUGCAGUCGGCGGUCCUCAGAUGAACUCUGGUCUUUCACAGAGUAUCCAAGAUCAUCAACCUCGGCCAUUGUCACCGUCGAGGAUUGAUCCAGCUCUCCUAGGGCCAGCAGCGGAUUAUCAUGACCAGACUGCUGCUCAUGCCAUGGCUUCCGGACUGGAUCAUUUAGCAUUGCUCGCUUCCCAACAAGCUUGGGGGAGCGGUAAUGGGGAUGCCGCCAUGAACGAUGGAAACGUAGGCGUCGCUGGGGCGCCACCGCCUGAAUCUCAUGGAUGGGGACACGAGAGCUCAUCGCACGGUCAUGAAUUCGGAAGCGUACUCAAUUACCAGCAUGGCUUAACGCCGUCUGACUCUGAAUAUCAAAUGAUAUCCACCACGAAUGGUCAUCAUGGGUUAGAUUUUGGUAACGAUAUCUAUUCUGGUCGGCAUCCUUCGUUACAUGAGCAAAUAUCUCCUGUGAUGGGUGGCGUAACACCGAAUGGAUCACUGAUGCCUACGGAGCUCAUGAAUUGGUUUGAUCAGUUUGAUAUGGACACAAACCCGCCAGACGCGCUUCAGCAUUCUGGAAUUACACCCGGCGCCGCUUCACAAGCAAGGGGGCAGCAGAGUACUUUAUCUUCAGAUGCUGGAAAUUCAUCAAAAAGUCCUGGCUCGGGAUCUGUUAUUACGUUGAUUCCUGCUGAGAGGUUCCACAAAGUCGAACGCUGUUGGCCAAACCGCCCGAGCAACACAGUUCGUCUUAUGCCUACGCUUUGGCAAGACGCAAUUUCAAAAACCGAAGAUAACCUGUUUUCCAAAGAUAAUUUAUCACCUGAAGCUAUUGAGCACAAUAAACAAUACGGAUCUCGAUGGGGUCUGGAUGAAGAUUGUAGGGUCAGACUCCAGAAGAUGUUUGUAAACCUUAGCCGAAAGGAUUCGCGUAGAGAUUCGGAAGGCUAUUCACCUUUCUCCCAUUCAUCGCCAUCGGUAAAAUCCUCCGUAACGAAUAAUAUACAAGAAGAGAUGUCAAAUAUUCCCAAUUUCCCGCCUGCGGAAAUAUUCGAUAUCAGCUUGGAUUUGUUUUUCAGGCAAUUCCAUCCGUUGAUGCAUUUUAUCCAUACGCCAACAUUUUGUCCAAAGACAGCGCCGACAUCGAUACUGUUAAUUAUGUGUCUGGUGGGGCUUACAAUACUUCAGACCAAAGGUGCAACAGCUUUCGUCCGCCAAGCAUUCCCUAGAGCACUUGAAAAAGUGUGUACAGAGCUCAUGGCACCUUCACGAGAAGGUCGACGCAUUGAUCAGCUUUCGUCCUUGGCUAGUGCGAUUCUCAUCUUGAAUCUUUCAGAGAUGACUGGAGAUCGAGCUCAUCAAGAGCAAUGUCAAAUGUUAUACACUAACGUCAUUACUACUGCACAAAGACAUGGCCUAUUUAACGCCACUGAUGCUCAGCCGCUCGACGAUCAUCUUUUCACCUCAAUUUCAGACCUUGAUGCGAGAUGGAAAGCUUGGGCCAGGGUUGAAUGCGUGAAGAGAUUAAUAUCAUGCUUAACCAUGGUUGAUACUUGGUAUUCCGCCAUGUUUCAUACAAGCCCAGUCAUGCGAACUGAUGACAUACGAAUGGUACUCCCAUGCGAAUCGGCUUUGUUUCAAGCACCAUCAGCAGCCAAAUGGCAGCAGCUUAUAUCAAGAGGAAGCCGAAUGUGCAUGCCUACUUUCACUAUGACAUCGGAAAAACUGACACUACCAAGAAUUGACGGCACCCUCGACGUCAAUGCAAUGAAUGGUGUUUUAUGUGUUGUCCGGCUACGGAUAUCCGAAAGUUUUCACAGAUUACUUUCAGGGACGCAGCGCCGAGCCAUAGAUAACUCCUUCAUACCAUGGAAAGCAUAUGAGUCAGAUCCUCGGGCCAGAGCCAGCCAAAGAUUCACGAUUGAGGUUGUGCAAUCAUAUGGCCCAAUGCUAUCGAAUAUGAACUCGAAUUGUAUGAUUCUAUGGCACAAUAUGUGUAUAAUGAUUACUACAGAUCUCCGCCUCUUCGAAUUGGGAGCUGGAUGCUCUGGUGCAGACGCAGCUCGAGAGGCUUUGGAUGACAUUGCCAUUUGGACACAAACGUCCGCCGCAAGAAGAGCUUGCAUACACGCAGCGCAAACUUUCAUGUUAGCUUCCAACCGACGUGCAUCUGAUGCCGAGCCGUUUCAUUCUACCACUGGACUAUUCAUCUCAGCUCUGGUCCUAGGACUUUACGUAUUUAUGGCUCCAUCAGAAAUGCACAACAAAGACUCCACAACGCCCAUUUAUGAUCUUGUCGAGGAAGUAGAUUGGAAUGAGGUCGCUGGGGAAGGUUUGACUGACGAAGUACAAAGAGGAGAGAGUGCAGCCAAUAACUUCAUUAGACAUGGUGGUCAAAUUUGUUUCGACGGCGUUAUACAUCAGCCAGGUUAUGAAUCAGCUCGGCGAAUUAUAUUGGAUUAUGCACGUUUACUUGAGGAUAUGGGGAAAUGGAGGGCCGGCGUUCAUCAAUACUCACGAGUACUACGAAUUAUGAGCGAUGCUCUUGUCGAUGUGGAAGCAUCUGGCGAGUAG